AAGUACAAUGUCCUAUGAAGUCUGUAAACUCUUUUCUUCUCAAACUGAUAUUUAAAAUUGGACAAGUAGAUCUUUCUACACAUUCUAAUGAAUGUUUUGGAUUUACGCCAGAAACUUCAGAAAAAAUUGGGGAGCAAUUAGGAGUUGCGAUUUGGAAGUCUCGAUCCCUUAUAUGUCAAAACAAAUCCAAACUUGAAUCACCAUCAUCAUUAGAAGAAUAUCAUA